AUGGCUACAGGAUACUUCAGAUUAGCCUUGGUGGCGUGUGUUUGUUUGUUGCCUAAAGCUGCCUGGGGCAUUGCUGUUGCCCAGGAGCGCGUAUCAGAGACACUACCAUGGGCUCAUCAUGGUGAUCGUUUUCAACUUGAAGUUAACGAAUUUGAUAAUAUAACGAAGGUUCCUGCAGCUCCGCAUGCUUCUGGUCUCAGAUCGUCCGUUCGUAUCCUGGAGCGAGUUGCAGUGGUCGUUGCUGCCACCACAAGUCUUUUUCUCGUCUUCAAAUGCUCUUCUCUCCAAAGGCGAAAUGCCAUCGCGCACCAUACAUCUGGAGACGGUUUAGCCGUUCCCCAGGGCAAUGUCGAACCCUCUGAACUUUACACAGGUGGUCUUGCGGCUACGGCUGUUGAACUCUGUAGUGCUUCAGGGGAAAAAGACGAAAUUGAUGUUGUUGGAAUGCAGAUCAGUAUACUUACGUUAAAUCCAGACGACGCUUCGACGCUGUCCUCAGCAGAGAGACGGAUGGUAGCAACGGCUCUGGAGAGUCUUGAGGUCAUCGGUCACGAGUUGGAGGUGCUGCAUGCGAAGGCAGCGGACUUAGGUCGCCAGCUAGAGGAUGUACACAAUAAGAUUAAACAGGUCACAAAAAGCCAUGGAGCUUUGGAGGAUUCCUGGCAGGGUAUGCUAGAGCCUUUGCGGGCAGCGGCUGAAAGACUGGAGGAGCAGACCAAUAGUGCCCGGGAAGCCUAUGAAGAAAGAGACAAACAGAGAGACCAGAUGGGAUACUCCGCAGCUCAAGAGCAGCGCUAUGCGCUUCUCCUAUCGGAGAAUGCAGAAAGAAGCCGUAGCGAUGGCACUCCUCCACUUACCCCUAGAGCAGCUGCAGCUGUCGCAGCAGCGGAGAGGGUGUUACAGGUCAUGCGCCGCCAUUCCCCUUUACCUGUAUUUGGUCGUCCCCCUCUUUCUCAGCAAGCAGAAAUGGCGGAGAAUAUGGCCAAAGUUCACUUAAGAGCGCUAUCUCAGGCCUUGCAACACUGGAACAGCGACAACACUGCAUUGAUUGCAGCAGCCGAAGAAGCCUUAAGAGAGGCCAAAGCAGUCCUCGGACAAUUGGAGGCGGGAGGCAUGAGUGAACCUUCCAAAAGCUUGAGGACCGCAACGGACUACCUGCAACUAGCUAUUGAAACAGCCAGGAAAAGCGGACCGAGCCGUCUGCAUUUUGGCACCGUGAGAGAAAAGACAUCAGCAGCGGCAGCCAGGGCUGUGGCUUGGGUUAAGGCACAGACAAUGUCGGCUUUGCGUAUAAGUCGAGACCUGGGCAAGAUGCUAAGAAGCAUGGACCAUACAGAAGCGCAAUACAAGAAGAUUGAGGCACUGCUUGCAGAUGGUAUCACGAUAUUUACAGUUGCACUGCACACAGAAGUUUCACAGGAAGUUCCGUACGAAGUCUAUGAGCCAUUCAAGCUUGCACUGCAUAUGUGUGAGAGGGUGCUGAAGGAUGCGGCGAAUUUGCUGCAGCCACGCUGGCUUGCAGCUAUAGACAAGCAGAAGAAGCUACUUCUGCAUGCAGCAGAUGCCGUGCGUGAGACGCGGUUGCAGUCCACCGCCAGCGGCACUAGUGGUAUCGAUGAGCUUCUGGAAAGCGACAUGCGACACUGCCGAGCCGCAUUGAACCAAGCAAAGGCCCUUUACCAAAGUAUGAUGGGGUUCGCGGCCUUCAGACCAGCACUCCCCGUCCUGACGAACGCCUGCGCAGGGCUGAAACUCACCAUGGAUAGCGCACAGACACAGCUCGUGCAGGCAGCAGACAAGCUGGCUUCCGCGUGGGAGACGGAAUUGAAGAAAGCAAUGAAAGCCUUCAGAGCGCAAUCAGAUGAUGAUGCACGGCAACUCAGUUCGCGAGUAGAUGAGGGGGAGUAUGCCUUAGCCCGCAUUUAUUAUCUCGCAGACCCCUCACCGCAGUUUGAAGAGCUUGAGGAGUCGCUAAAAAGAGCCAGGCUUUUGGUUACAGAGUCCAAGAAGCAUCAGCAACAACCGCGACAGUCUGAGCAGCAGCGAGUGGAUAUAAUGAGUACAGGGGCUAUUUCGCGAUUGAGGCAGUGGCUGAUGCAGAAGAUAUCGGGACAGGAAUGA